UCUGCGCAGACGCAUUUCAGGCAGCGACAGUCGUACUGCAGCGGGAGCAGAUAUUUUCGUCCAACAUGGAGACUUUAUACAGUAUACCGUUUGCUGUGCUCGAAUGCCCGAAUAUAAAACUGAAGAAACCGUCAUGGCUGCACAUGCCGUCGGCUAUGACCGUGUACGCGGUCGUUAUUGUGUCCUACUUUCUCAUCACAGGAGGCAUCAUCUACGAUGUUAUUGUGGAACCACCAAGUGUGGGUUCAAUGACUGAUGAACAUGGACACCAGCGGCCAGUUGCCUUUUUGGCAUACAGAGUAAAUGGCCAGUACAUCAUGGAAGGCCUGGCCUCCAGCUUCCUCUUCACAAUGGGAGGUUUGGGCUUUAUAAUCCUGGACCGCUCCAAUGCACCAAACAUCCCCAAACUCAACCGAUUCCUGUUGCUCUUCAUUGGGUUUGUCAGCGUUCUCCUCAGCUUCUUCAUGGCCAGAGUGUUCAUGCGCAUGAAGCUGCCGGGAUACCUCAUGGGCUAAAGACAGAGAUGAUACAUUUAAACCAACAGAUCUGGACAUUACAGAUGUGGGCGGCCUACAUGCAGUACAGUUAAAAUUAUAAACCAUUUAUUAGUAAUGAAAGCACUGACCUUGCUCAAGAAAUUUGACCAGACUGAACUGACGGUCACAUUAUCUACUUCAGUGUUUUGUGACUUCCUUUGCUCCUCAGACUGGUGCAACAGAGGGUCUUUUUCAGACCUCUUGUAAGAUUCGACAUGAAUAAAUGGACUUUUUGCCUCAUGCGCUUUUGUGGCACUGUCACAUAAAAUUAUAAAUUCUGCCAUGUUUUCUUGAUAAAAAAAACAUCCAGAAGUGAAGAAAAAGGAAAGGAAGUUACUGAACACUGAUGGGAUGAUUUGGAAUCACUGUCAGCACUGCGUGAAUCAUUUAAAUGGGUGUCUGAUGUUUAAGUUGUACGUUUUUGUAUAGAAAUUGUUUAAGAAGAAAAAAGCCUCGAACAUGUCACAGUUGCAUUUUUGUACAAGGUUGUGAAAUAAAUCUUUCUUUUCACA